AUGCCAGAGCACAAAGGAGCUGGGUUCGAAGCUGCAGACCGGGCUCUCUGUGGGGCCCCUGUACUCUCCGGGGAGCACGGGGAGCAGUGGGGGGGGGACUACUCUGACCAUGACAUGGAGCAGCGCGACAGCCCCCACUCGAGCGUCACCACCGAGUCGGAGAGCAGCAUCUACUACCCAGUGGACGCUUUCCUCAUCUCCGACGGCCGCUCUCGAACAAGGGCCAACCACAGGCACCAACACAAGGAAGGUGAGGAGAGAGAUAGCAGUACAGAAGAAAGCUCCACAGGAGCCACAGCGGCUAAGGCUGCCAAAGGGAAGUCCGGGAAAUCCAAGGGACCGGGCCGCCACACGUGUGGCGAAUGUGGCAAGACCUACGCCACCUCAUCCAACCUGAGCCGCCACAAGCAGACGCACCGCAGCCUGGACGGCCAGCAGGCCAGGACGUGCCCCACGUGCCACAAGGCCUAUGUGUCCAUGCCGGCGCUGGCCAUGCACAUGCUCACCCACGACCUGCGGCACGAGUGCAGCGUGUGCAGCAAGGCGUUCAGCCGGCCGUGGCUGCUGCAGGGUCACAUGCGCUCGCACACGGGCGAAAAACCAUUUGCCUGUGCCCACUGCGGCAAAGCGUUUGCGGACCGCUCCAACCUGCGUGCCCACAUGCAGACACACUCAGCCUUCAAGCACUAUGAGUGCAAGCACUGCGGCAAGAGCUUUGUACUCAAGUCCUACCUGAACAAGCACUACGAGUCGGCCUGCUUCAAGGGCUCUGGAGACGAAGAGGACUGCUGCUCUGAGGACUGAUCAGGGAUCAGUUUAUUUUCUACUUCAGCUUAUUUAUCCAGGUCGGUUUCACUGAGAUAACAUCUUCUUACAAGAGAGACCCGGGUUGUGUUCAUUAGGGCAUAUAACAGAAAAUAUUUUUAAAUGCUUCGUAACUGAAAGCGAAAAUGAGGGUUUUUUAUUGGACAAAUCCAGGUAGUCCCUCUCCUUGUUUCAGUCCGAUUUCUUCCAUUCGGUACCUAAUAAACACAUCCCUUGUCAAAGAGAGCACUCCUCAACACUCGUCUUCCUCUUCCUGCCUUUUGGUAGAGAGCAAUAAUAAUGGCAUUGAGGGUUGUUCAAGAACAUAGAAGAUAACUGAGGAUGAGGACUGAAUAACUUCUUAAAAUGUCAAUAUUUUUUUAUUUUUUUUAUUUUAUGAAUUCUUAUUUAUUUACUUGCAAUAAUUUACAUUCCAGUAUUAUUUUUAUAUGCCAAUUAGCUCUUAAUUCCCCUUAAACAUGUCUUCCACAAGAGACAUGUGUUUAUUUAUUAUUUUUUUCAUGUAUGUAUUUAUUUAUUUAUCAAAUGAUCAAUUGAUUGGUUAUGUUGUGAAUUGAUUUGAUUUAUGAAUUGAACAUCUUAUAAAAUGCUGUAAUAUAUUUCUGAGACUAAGUAGUGCUAUAUCUGAUCUCAUUCACAAUAGUUGUUGAUCUAUUUGUGUUCUACGUAGGACAUUAUUAAUAUGCCCCUUUGUUUUUGAAUCUAUGCAAAGGAUGUAAUUGUAAGCUACAAUGUGAUAGUCAGACAUGUAAAGACAUGUAAAGUAAAUUUUUAUACCAUUAUUAAGGAUUGGUACCAUUAAUUAUUUGCCCUAUGUAGGUCUACAAUACAGAUGUUGAAUUUGAAUUGUACUCAA